AUGUCUGAGAUUCAAGGUAAAUAUUAUGAGCUCAUGGAGUUAUUCAAAGAUUAUGACGAUGCAUUCAAAUCAUUAUACAAGUUAAAGACAAACAAGGAAUAUGAAAUUAACGAAAUUUACCUAAAAAUUAAAGCAAUUUUAAUCGAAUCCAAUCUUUUUUCACCAAAACAGAUAUUAGAGAAAAUUUGUUUGAUGAUUAGAUACAAUAAUCGUUAUUGUUCUUCUUAUAUAAUGAUAAUGAAAAAGAUAUUUGCUGAUUAUCAACAAUUAAAGCUUCAUAAUGAUUCCCCAGUAUAUAAUCUGCUUGAUAAGGAAAAUUUAACCCCGCAUUUCAAUGAAAACUAUCAAAUUCUGUUUUUACAAGAUUCAAUUUUCAAACAGAUAAUUGAUGAUAAUAUAAAUUCAUUUAUUCAGUUCACAGAAAAGGAUGGCUUUGAUCAUUCUCUAUUUUCAGAAACAGCACUAUUUCCAGAUGAAUUAACACAUUAUUCACUGCUUGAAUUAUGUUGUUAUUAUGGAUCUGUUAAUUGUUUUAAAAUUUUGAGAUCGAAAUUCAAUACAGAAAUUACUCCAAAAUGUCUUCAACUUUCAUUCUUAAGUGGUGUUCCAGACAUCAUGAAUGAAUGCUUGAAAUACCAACAACCAGAUAAGAAAACUAUGGAAUAUGCAAUUGCUUCUCACAACAGUGAUUUCUUUACAUAUUUAAUGAACAAAUAUGGUAUUGAAGUAAAUUUAAAGUGCUUUGCUGAAUUUAAUAAUUUACAAGAUUUCUUUAUUUAUCUAGAUCAUACUAAUAAUAUUGAUAAGUUCUUUGUUUAUUCACCUGAUUUCCAUCUUAUUUCCCUUGUUGAAUAUCUACUUUCUCAUGGAGCAAAUAUCAACGCAAAGUUUGAAUUUACUGCUCUUCAUAAUGCAGUAAUAAAUGAACGAAAAGAUAUUGUAGAAUUUCUUGUAUCUAAUGGAGCGGAUAUCAAUGAAAGAAAAACACUUGGAGAGACAGCGCUUCAUUAUGCAGCAUAUGAAGAUUAUGCUGAUAUUGCCGAAUUUCUAAUCGCACAUGGAAUUGAUAUUCAAGCUGAAGAUAACAAUGGCUGCACAGCAAUGCAUAGAGCAGCAAAUCAUAAUAGUUUAAGAAUUAUCGAUGUUCUUGUUUCGCACGGCGCUGAUGCUAAUGCAAAAGAUGAAGAAAAUGAAACUCCCCUUCAUGCUGCUGCUUAUUCAAAUUACAUAUUGGCAGCAGAAAAGCUCUUUUCUUAUGGAGCUGAAAUCGAUGCAAAAGAUAAUGAAGGCUGCACUCCUCUUCACAGAGCAGUUUGGUUUAGUGACAAUGAUUUUGUUGAGAUGCUCAUUUCGCAUGGUGCGGAUAUUAAUGCUAAAGAUUACAUGGAUAGAACUCCUCUUCAUCAUGCAGCAAAUCAAAAUCGAAAGGAAGCUGCAAGAAUUCUUAUUAACCAUGGUUGUGAAAUUAAUUGCAAAGAUAAACGAAAUCAUACUCCUCUUGAUGUAGUAUCCAAGUUCGGCGGAAAGCGAAUGGCUGAUUUCCUAAUUUCACAGGGGGCUAAAGGUUCUAGUGAACAAUAA